CACACUUCUUUUUCCUCCGCCGAAAUAAAAAAGGGUUCAGAGCGGUAAAUUUUUCUAAAAUUAAAAUAUAAUAAUAUAUUUGCGAGAAAAGCGAAAACAAUAAGGAGAGACAAAAACCUAAUCCUAGGGUUUUCUGAAUCUCUCGAUCCCUCGAUCUCCUUCCCUUGAUUCGAUCCAUCAAUGGCCGGCGCUCUCCAGUACUUGGAAUCGCAGCGGAACGCGCAUCCGGAGCUCGCCGAGUGGUACAAUGCGCUCGCAGAUCUCUACGAGAAGAAGCUGUGGCAUCAGCUCACUCUGAAGCUUGAGCAAUUCGUCGCCCUCGCCGUUGUUCAGGCUGGUGAUGCUCUCAUACAACUAUAUCACAAUUUCAUCACCGACUUUGAGACCAAGAUCAAUCUCCUCAAACUUGCACACUUUGCUGUGAUAGUUUCACGGCAAUACUCGGAAAAAGAUGCUGCCAUUAGCUAUCUUGAAGGGGUCAUUGAGAAGCUCCAUGCUACAAGGGAGUUGCGGAUUGAGGAACCGAUUCUAUAUGUGAAGAUGCAAAUAGCUGCAUUCAAUCUUGAGAAAGGAAAUCAAAAGGAGUGCAAGAAGUUAUUAGAUGAUGGAAAGACAACCCUGGACAGUAUGACUGAUGUUGAUCCAUCUGUUCAUGCAAGUUAUUACUGGGUGUCUUCUCAAUAUCACAAAUCUCGUCAAGAAUUCGCAGAAUUUUACAAAAGUGCUCUUCUUUAUUUAGCAUACACUACAGUGGAGUCUCUUUCUGAAUCAUUCAAACUGGACUUGGCAUUUGACCUUUCUCUCUCUGCUUUGCUGGGUGACAACAUCUACAAUUUUGGAGAAUUACUAGCGCAUCCUAUUAUCAAUAGUCUUCUUGGAACCAAAGUCGAGUGGCUUUACUACAUACUUCAGGCAUUUAAUACUGGCAAUUUACUUCGCUAUCAAGAACUGUGUCGAGUUCAUAAUGCUGCUUUGAGUGCUCAGCCGGCACUGGUGGAAAAUGAAAAGAAGCUGCUGGAAAAAAUUAACAUUCUCUGUUUAAUGGAGAUCAUAUUCAGUCGCCCCUCUGAAGACAGGACCAUCCCGUUGAGUGUCAUUGCUGAACAAACUAAUCUUUCAGUGGAAGACGUGGAGUAUCUUCUCAUGAAAAGUCUCUCUGUACACCUAAUUGAAGGAAUCAUAGAUCAGGUUGAGGGAACGGUCCAUGUCUCGUGGGUGCAGCCUAGGGUUUUGGGGAUAGCCCAGGUAAAAUCGCUGAAAGAUCGUUUGGACGGCUGGCUAGACAAAGUACACACAGCUUUGUUAUCGGUUGAGGCAGAAACACCUGACCUUGUGGCCUCAUGAGCUUGUGUUUUCUGUAUCAUCUAUUCCUUGCCAUCUCUCUGUAACAGUUCAUUACAGCACAAAAAAGUGCAAGAAAGAACGCAUUUGAUGCCGCGCUUUGUGACAUUCCAUUAAGUGUUUUCUAUGCUCGGAGCAACGAAUUUGAACUGGGGAGUUUCUGUAUUUUUUUUUAAAUUCUUCAGGAAGUGCGAAAACUAGAAAUAGGCUUACAAACACGGAGGAAGAAUUUUACAAGCUACUGCUGUUUUAACUUAUUGCUGCUUUGUAGUUUCCAUCAUAAAACUUAAAUUCCGAUCUUUUAUAGUUGGUUA